AUGGCAACAGUUGGCAGACAGCUUCUGGGUUUGGUUUUAGCUAUUAUCGGUUUCUUGGGGAGCUUCAUCAUCUGUGCUCUCCCUACAUGGAUUUUCACUAGCUGGAAUACCGCAAAGGGUUUGUGGAAGUCCUGUGUGUUUGACUACUACCAGACAACACAAAUGCAGUGCAAAACUUAUGAUUCUCUGCACGAUUUACCAAUGGACUUUCAGGCUGCCAGAGUGCUCAUCGUCAUCGCCAUCAUUGUCGGGAUCUUUGGGAUCAUGGUUGGUGUUGUUGGGGGCAACUGUACCACCUUGAUGUCGAAUAAAAGGAAAAACAGUGAAGAGGCUAUAGCUUCUGGAAUUGUCUUCAUCACAGCAGGAUGCUUUGUGUUUAUGCCAGUCUGCAAGGUCACCAUCAACAUCACUAUGACCCGCAUGUUGUCAAACUCUGUGUCGAUGGGGGCCUCACUUUACAUCGGCUGGGCUGCUUCCGGGCUGCUAUUACUGGGAGGAGGCCUCCUCUGCUGCUCAUGUUACUGCAGGAAAAAGAUUGACCUUAAGGUUGAAUACCCCAAACCUUGCCUCUGUGUAAUACCGAUUAUGGAUUUGAUCAACUGGUCUCUUAAUGCAAUUGACACACUCUCUUCGACAAGAAGCCUGGGUUCGGAAGAGCCCAACUGUCCUACAGGGACGUUUCCUGUCGGAUACACAAUGGACGGGUGGAGGAAUUGGUAUGUUGUGUGCCUGGGAGGACUGUCGAUUGAGGACAUAGAAGAUUUAUACCUAUUAAGAGCCAUGAUAACAGGGUUCCUGCUGAUUGGAACUGGCUGGGCCCUGGCUUAUCGAAGAUUGAAGAAAGCGGUUACAGCUGUUCAAAACCCCACAAGGCUGGCUGCGUUAAUCGAAGCGAUGAGAAGGGCCAUGAGUACUCAGCCUGUGCUCAUUGAACGCAAUAUGGAUAAGAUCUUGGAGAAGCUCACAGCUCUUCAAUGA